ACUCCGGCAGUGCGUUUGUUCAUCCACUCACGCUUCGAGAAGACAGAAGAGUUACUUGUGAGAGAAUUACAUGUAAAGCUCGGAGUUUUUCACUCUCUGGUUGGGAUUGUUACUGGAUCAGUUGCACCUCCUUCGUGGGUUUGAAGUACACGAGUAUACAUGAAACUGCCGAUUCUAAAUGGCUUCAAGGAAGUCGGGAUCAGAUAUUCAUAACACUGGGCCAGUCAGUUACCUGGAGGAUGUUUCCUUUAAAAUCGGAGAUAAGUUCAGGAGCCCUGGUAAAGUAGGCUUACCCAUUGGCUUCUGUGUGCCUGACUGUGCCCCCCUGCUCAGUGAAUCACAGUAUGAUUUCUCCCUGGAGAUGCGGACAAUACAGUGGGCCGAGGAGCUGGAUCGGAUCAGAGUGGCGCAGGAGCGUGCCAAGCUGAAGGCGUCGGGGGAGGGGCAGCAGCAAGCUUCAGAGACGGGUUCAGCCAGAGAAGACUCCUCCCAGACCGCCCUGCCAGUCCCUCCCCCUCCCGCCAUCAACCCAGUCAUGGCGGGACUCCGGCACAACGACAUCCUGACCCCCCUUCCGGCCCCCAGCUUGUCAGGCCCCCGGCACAGAGAGCCUAGCCCCCCGCCGCAGCACAACAGCGGCUUCAACCUGGCCGACUUCGAGUGUGAGGAGGACCCCUUCGACAAGCUGGAGCUGAAGACCAUCAACGAUAAGGAGGAGCUCCGCAGCAUCCUGCAGCUGCAAGCUGUGAGCCCACCCAAGCAGCCUGACCCAGACUGCGAACCCAAACCCCUGAUCUCCAAGCACCUCCACAAACCCAAUGGCCUGGUAACACUGCUGCAGCUGGAUGAGCCUGGGGGCCACAUCUCCUGCUCUUCCCUGGGGCCCAGGGGGCCACUCGCUGCCUUUCCCUGCAACAUCCGCUCCCUCUCCUUCCCCAAGUUCUCAGAGUCCGAGGAUGAGCUGCCCCCGGCUUACGACAACCACAAGAGCUACAGCACCGCGGACGCAGUGACCAGGGGCCCCGGCCUUCCCAACGGCACCUCCGCCUCUGUGCUGGGGGCCCUGCUGCACGGCAGGUCCAAUGGGCAGCCUCCACUGCACUCUCUCCAGGGGGAUCCUCCUCGCACACAGCCCUCCUCGCUGGCCGGGCACACGCAGAACGGGGCCGCCACACAGUCAAACUCCCUGAAAGCAGCUGGUGCUGCUGAAGCUGUGUCGGUGGCUGCAGCAACUCCCCCUGCUGUGCUGGGUGAUUACUGCAGUCAUUUACUGGCCCUGUCCCCCAGCGAGCGGCAGUGUGUGGAGACCAUCGUCAGCAUGGGCUACUCCUACGAGAGCGUCAUCGGAGCCAUGCAGAAGCGGGGUCAGAGCUUGGAGCAGGUGCUGGACUAUCUCUUUGUGCACGGGAGGCUGUGUGAGAGGGGCUUCGAGGCCGGCGCUGUGGAGGAGUGUCUGGAGAUGUACCAGUGUUCGGAGGAGAAGGCUCUCCAGUUCCUCCAGCUCAUGUCCAAGUUCCAGGAGAUGGGUUUCGAGCCGGGCACCAUCAAGGAGGUAUUGGUGGUUCAUAACAACAACCAGGAGAAAGCUCUGGAGGACCUGAUGGCUCGCGCGGAGGCCAGCUGAGACACAAGCCUGCACUUCCAUUCUCAUUCGUUUGCUUUCUUUUAAACAUUUGAAGUCAAUGUUCUCAUUCACUGCCAUGGAUGACGCUUAAAGAGAGAAAGUUAUAGAGCGAGAGAGAGACAAUAGAGCUGCCCUUUCAAGACAUUUCAAGCUUUUGUUCUAAAACAAAAAACUUUUCAAAAGCACGCCCACACUUUUGGGCAGGAAAUGCCAUAGAAAAAAAUAAGCUGGGGAUUCCCAGGCAGCUUCUGCAAAAUUGCAAGAAUGUUACAGAAUGCCUGGCUGUCUGCUUGGGAUCUGCUUCCGUCUUAGAGCGGGGAGGAGAGCUCUGCUUUAAAAAAAAAAAAAAAACUAAACAUCAAAAAAAAGUUAAGAAGUGUCCUUCAAAAGCGUUUGUGUCGAAGGAGUGACAGAAUUCUCUUUCCUGAAAUUUUCCUCUGCAUUAAUAGACAAAAAAACAAACUACUGCGCCUUUCACUGGAUGAGGAAGAAGGCAGGAGAAACUUGAAAGAAAUCAGUCAAUAGCAAAACAGAAACGCGUAAAAGCUGCUCCAAAAGGUUUGUUUGUGUCUAACAGAUUGUAAAACUGUCUAAGUUUGUAUUUAAUUGCAGCCAACCUAUUAGUGCAAUAGAUAUUGUGUAGAGCAGCCAGCAGUUUGAUGUGGUGAGAAAGAGAUAGGGCUCUGAAUGAGAUGCAUUGUGUGGCACCAGGUUUUCAUAACCAAGCUUUUGUGGUUUGUAUAGUAAAACCAGCUGUUGGGCUUCUGGAAACCCUUUCAGUAGAUUUCAGUAGAAUUUAUCUGAAAUGGGCAAAAGUCUGUGUUGCCCAAUAUUAAUGGGAAGCCACUCUAAACUCUUCAGGAACAUAGAUGCGUUCAGUGCCAUAAACCUUUUUCUUUGUUUUUGUUUUUUGUCCCCCCCCCCACUUCCAUACUGCUGAAAAAUGGUAGAUUUUCCUCUGAAAAUAUUAUACAGGGCAAAAGUACUCCUGUUUUUUUAUUUAAAAUGUUGUAGGGGUACUUGAACAAAAAGAGAUUUCUGGUUGAACUGUUUUGUGCAACAAAAAAUAAUAUUCCUCAUGUUUGGUCCUAAAGGAUUUCUAUUCCCUGUUCAGCUUAACAUCCACCAGCACUGUGUAUGAUUUUACUGCAGCCAGACGACUCAUUAGCAGCCAGCCUGCUUUACUGAAACUCGGAGCAGUGCAGUUCCUAAAGGGAGCGGUUGUCUAAAUCCGCCUGUCUCAGCCCAGAUUGUAGUGUUUCAGAGGUAGUGUACCUUUGUGUAAGGCUUUUAGAGGGAUAGUGCUUCUACAAAAAUUUUCAUGAGGGAUGGUGGGGCGUCUCACCGGUUUGGCUAAGCAAGCCAUGAGUGACUCCCAUUUGUCUGUCUGUUGCUGGUUGUCGCCAUCAGACAGACAAACCCAUGUUCGAGGUAUAUAUGGGACCCCCUAAUAACCAGGCAUGCAUUCACUGUUAGCAAAGAAGCUGAUGGGGAUGUUUUGAAUACUAAUUUCUUUCACUGGGUGGAAAUGUUUAUCAGACAGAAACACCUUUCCAGAGUAGUGCUAGACCCCCUAGAGAAUCAGAGUUAUACUAUGUAAUAAAAAGGCUAAAUCAUUCUAGUGAAACUAUAAAAGGUGGAUUUCAGAAUGUUAUUAGCUCCUUCGGUGCCCUUAGAGGGGAUUGCUAGCAAUGAGAGAGCGGAUUGUGUCGCAGUGAAAAGUUUUCAUUUACAGGCUGAGUGAAGUUUGUCGAUUAAAACCACCAGGGAAGAGGGUGGUGGUGAAAUUCUGAUCCCAGUUGUUUCAGUUUUGAUUUCAGCCAACUUGCAUUUGUUUUUUGCUUUUUGCUACUGCAGGACUGUUUUAAAUAAUGUGAAAAAGAAAAUGGUAUUUUCUAGCUGUCUUGUAAUAAACCAGACACUGUUCUACUGGUUUCCACAAAUGUAUUUUCAGUUUCCAGUUUUUCCAGAAUUGUUAAGUCUUCUAUAACAGGGCGCAUCACGGUCAUGUAUUUUAAUAAUCAGCAUAAACUGGCAGAAGGAAAAUCCUCUCAUUGUAAUUCCCAGGAAUGUAUAAAUAUAUCUAACUGCUACAUCUAACAAUAUGGUGUAUUUGGAGAUAUGGCCACAGGACAAUGAAUGCAGCUUUGUGGGGUGAGACUAUCCAUUUAUGUUUGGUCUAGUUUAAGCACUUUCUUUAAACACUUAGUUUUUUUUUUUUUUUUUUUUUUUUUUAAUUUCAAAUAUUUGUUCUCACCAACUGUGGGCAUUUUUUCUUGCAGUUCUGGGUGAAAUGUUUGUCAGAGUGUAUAGAAGUAUCUUUCCCUCCUCUCAAUAGUACAACUUGUAAAUGUUAAGUGUGAAAUACAAAAACUGAACUUUAUAUACAGAGCAGUGAUUACAAAAUAUUUAAAAAAUGCUUCAAUUGAUUGCUACGUAAAAAAGGUACUAAUAAAAAAGAAAUAUAAAACCAACCUGUUUUAUUUAUUUCCAAUUCUGCAGUAAAGGCAUGUUGUGGUUUUAAAAGGGACGGUUUGCCCUUGAUCGUACUGUAGAAAAGUCUCACUGUCAGUUACGAUAAAUGGCUAUGGGACAGUGUCACAAAGACAGCCGGAGUGGGUGGCAUCAUACCAGAGACAGGAACCAGGAAAUAAACAAAG